CAUAGGAUUUUGCCCAAAAAAAAAAAGCUUGUGAGUGACAAGAACAAUUUUGGUCAGAAAAACCCUAAUUGGAGCAACACAAGGGUUUAUCCUAACCGGACCGAAUUCCUUCUUUCCCCACUUGGACUCUCUCUCUCUCUCACUGUCAGAGUCAGAUACUCCAACCCAACUCUAUGACUAUGGAGGAGCUAUCUUCUCUUAGCUCGGUGGAGAGGAACAUUCACAUAGCCUCUGUCCUGGAAGCCAUGGCGGUGGACACUAUUUUCGCCGCUGCCAAAUCUCUCCUUUGCUUCUCCAUUCUGACUGGAUCUCUGCUGACUGACAUCAAUCAUUCAGUGUCCCCAAAAUUGACCCCAAUGGAUGGAAGAUUUGCUUUUGAUGAUCUCUGCAAGGGAAAACAUACUUAUCGUUUAAACAAGGAUGCUAGUGAUUCAGAUGAGGACGAGGAUGAAGAAGACGAUCAUGACACAAAUGAUCAGAAUGAUGAGGAAGGAGAUGAAGACUUCUCAGGUGAAGGUGAGGAAGAGGCUGACCCUGAGGAUGAUCCUGAGGCCAAUGGUGCAGGAGGAAGUAAUGAUGAUGAUGAUAGUGAUGAAGAUGAUGAUGACGACAACGAUGGUGAUGAUGAUGGAGAAGAUGAGGAUGAGAAAGAGGGUGAAGACGAAGAAGAUGAAGAGGAGGUUCCACAACCACCUACUAAGAAGAGGAAGUGAAAUUGUAAUAGUUGGUAGGGUCUGUUUUUUCUUCUACCAUGUAAUGUCCUGGCCAAUCUUAGUUCUUGGAACAUGAAUACUUUCAAGUGGACCCAUCUCCACAUAUAAAAGUUCAAUUUAUGCAUUGCCAUUGUUAUUUCA